AUGGAGGGAAUGCCAAAAGUCACCUCUGCCAAAGAUGAGACGGAGUGGAAAAUGGUUGCCCUGUUCCCGAUUCCCUCAGUUAUAUAUCUCAUCCACAAUAAUGUGCAGUUUGCUACACUCACUUAUGUGGAUACUUCCACCUAUCAGAUAAUGGGAAAUUUGAAGAUUGUUACGACAUGGGUACUAUUCAGGAUGUUCUUAGGUAGGAGGCUUUCUAACUUGCAGUGGAUGGCUAUUGUGUUAUUGGCUGUCGGGACAACCACUAGUUAG